UUUCAGGAAGCAUUGGACGCGUUGCUGAAGAAAGUAUUGGCCGGAAAUCAUUUAUGUUGGCCGUGUACUGCGUGUUUCGUUAGGAAGAUGACCUCCUCGGCAGCUCGAACAAGCAGUACGCGAAUAUCCCAGUAUACUUUGGAACGUGCCAACCGUACCCGGUUACUUAUCGAGAACUGCUACGCUCAAGCUCUAGCUCAGUGUCAUGAGCGAGAGAAAAGGUUGCAGAAACUGGAAGAAAAAAUGGAAAUGGAAGGUCUUCCGGAGUCAGAAAAAGCGGUACGUAGGCAAGCACAUAUGGCCAAAGAGACAGAUUUUCUACGUUUGAAACGAACACGAUUAACCGUCGCCGAUUUUACAUCCCUUAAAGUAAUUGGUCGAGGAGCUUUUGGAGAAGUACGACUGGUUCAAAAAAUCGACACUGGUCAUGUUUAUGCGAUGAAAAUUUUACGAAAAACUGAAAUGCUUGAAAAGGAGCAGACAGCUCAUGUUCGUGCAGAGCGUGAUAUACUAUCCGAGGCUGAUUGUGAAUGGGUUGUAAAGAUGUAUUUUUCGUUCCAGGACCCACUCAACUUGUAUUUAGUAAUGGAGUUUUUACCUGGCGGUGACAUGAUGACACUAUUGAUCAAAAAGGAUACACUGUCGGAAGAUGCCACUAAAUUUUACAUUGCUGAAGCAGCAUUGGCAAUACAAGCAAUACAUAACUUGAAUUUUAUCCAUCGUGAUAUUAAGCCAGAUAAUUUAUUACUGGAUUCGAAGGGACAUAUAAAGCUGUCGGACUUUGGGCUGUGUACAGGCCUGAAAAAAGCCCAUCGAACUGAAUACUAUCGAAAUUGGCCAAGUCAACUACCAAAGGAUUUUGUAACAAAACCGUUUGGAUCGAAGCGAAAAGCUGAAACAUGGAAGAGAAACAGACGGGCAAUUGCUUAUUCAACGGUGGGUACACCUGAUUAUAUCGCACCAGAAAUUUUUCGACCGAAUGGUUAUACAAAAGCAUGUGAUUGGUGGUCUCUCGGUGUUAUUAUGUAUGAAAUGCUUAUAGGUUAUCCACCGUUUUGUUCUGAAACACCUCAAGAAACUUAUCGAAAAGUCAUCAACUGGAAACAGACCUUAUUAUUCCCACCAGAAAUGCCAAUUUCUGUGGAUGCUAAGACAGCGAUCAAAAAGUUUUGUUCAGAACCGGAACAUCGUUUAGGCCAUAGUGAUGGUGUGGAGGAGCUAAAGACAUGCCAGUUUUUCCGCGGAAUCGAUUGGAACAAUAUCAGGAAGUGUCCCGCACCCAUUCGUGUCGAUGUGAAAAGCAUCGACGAUACUUCAAAUUUUGACGAAUUUCCGGAUGCCGAUUUACGCAUUCGUAAGUUUAUUAUCCUGCUUUUUUCACCUAGUUCUCAGCAUCAUUCAUCACACAAUUAG